AUGGAUGGUGUUACUUCUUCUCAGAGAACCUCAUUUUUCAGGGUUGCCAACUGUUUCUGGGCUCAGAUAUCUAUUCAAUUCCUGUGUUUCCCACUGUACCGACAUCAGAAGCCCAAAGACAAUGCCGGAGAUGAGAAUCCCACACGAGGGAACUGGACGAACAAGACAGAAUACCUGCUCUCGAUCAUUGGAUACGCCAUCGGUCUGGGAAACAUCUGGAGGUUUCCCUUUUUGGCUUACAAGAAUGGUGGAGGCGCCUUCCUCAUCCCCUACUUUCUGACACUAGUCUUCUGUGGACUUCCCGUGUUUUUCCUGGAGAGCUCUCUGGGUCAGUUCUGCAGCCAAGGUCCCAUCAAUGUGUGGAGAGCAGUGCCUCUCCUGCAAGGUGUGGGCAUUGCUGCGGUGGUUCUGAACACCAUCAUCGGGAUUUACUACAACACCAUCGUUGCGUACAGUCUGUACUACAUGAUUGCUUCCUUCCAGUUUCCUCUGCCGUGGUCGACUUGCUCCUCCCUGUUUAGCAGUAACUGCAGUGCUCCUGUAGAGGCCAACCAGACUGAGGACCUCAACUCCUCACACAUCUCAGAUCCAUUCCAGACUCUGACUGAGCAGUACUGGGACAACGUGGCGCUGCAGAGGUCCGAUUCUCUGGACGACACCGGGCCUGUGGUGUGGCACCUGGCUCUGUGUCUGCUGCUGUCCACUGUCAUCGCUGCGGCGUCGCUCUUCAAAGGCAUUAAGUCAUCUGGCAAAGUUGUUUAUGUCACAACAACGCUGCCGUACGUGGUGGUUCUGAUCUUGUUGAUCAGGGGGGUAACACUAGAGGGCGCUCAAUAUGGAAUUGACUAUUACAUAGGAUCCAAAUCCAACUUGUCCAAACUGGCUGAAGUCGAGGUGUGGAAGGACGCUGCUGCUCAGACCUUCUUCUCCCUCUCUGUGGGGAUAGGCGGAGCCGUCACUCUGGCCUCCUACAGCAACUUCAACAACAACGUCUUCAGUGAUGCUCUGAUCGUGUGCUUCGCUAACCAUGGCACCAGUGUGUUUGCGGGCUUCGCCAUAUUCUCUGUUAUUGGUCACAUGGCUCACGUCUACAACCUCCCGAUUGAAGCCGUGGUCUCAGAAGGCUUCGGACUGGCGUUCAUCGCCUACCCAGACACUCUUGCUAAGCUCCCUGUGUCCCCCCUGUGGUCCAUCCUAUUCUUCUUCAUGCUCUUCUCGCUCGGAAUCGACACUGUGUUCACAGUUUUGGAGGUGGUCAUUACCUCGCUGACCGAUGCCUUCCCUGAGGUCCUCGCCCCCCGCAGGAGUUUGUUGUGUGUAGGAGUUUGUGUGCUCAUCUACCUGCUGGGCCUGCCGUGCGUGACCAGGGCCGGGAUUUACUGGGUAACCCUUCUCGACAACAUGACUGCCAGCUGGUCUCUGCUGGUGCUGGUCCUCUUGGAGCUCAUCGGGAUCAUCUAUGUCUAUGGGGUGAAUCACGUCAUCAAAGACACUGAGAUGAUGAUUGGCAAGAAGAGCUGCUACUUCUGGCUCUUCUGGCGGACGUGUUGGUUCGUCAUCACCCCCUGUGUCGUCCUGGUCAUCUUCUGCUGGUCCCUGAUUUCCUACGAGCCACUCACUUACGGGACAGUGGAGUACCCCGAGUGGGGUCUGGCUCUGGGCUGGUGCAUCCUCGCCUUCAUCUUGCUCUGGAUUCCUCUUGUGGCCUUCAUCAAGGUGCAGAGAGCAGAAGGAACCCUCUGGAAGCGCCUGCAGUCGACAUGCUCUCCCUCUGAGGACUGGCACCCGUUCCUGGACAUCCACAGAGGAGAUCGCUACUCGGCUGACCUCUGCCAAAGGGAGGAAAACACUUCCCAAUGAGCCCAACCAGAGACGGCUGAAGUUGUUGGCUGCUCUCUUGUCUAGACCCACACUACAAAGUUCACUGUGAGAACGAGCACCACGUUUUCAAGUCAAUCAUUUCUUCUUCGAGUUCUUCGUGGAAGAUCUUGUUUUAGUGAGAGAAAAAUUAUGUGUGACUAAAGAAACAAUGGCAUUUUUCAAGUUCAGUUAAAAGUUACUGACUUGUAUUGAGUUCAAUUUGAGAUCAAGAGUUUAUGCUCGAACCUCGGCUCCACUUCAGAGUAAGCGCCAUCGAAGUACUUCUGAGUUUUGAUGCAGCUUAUCACGUCGUCUGUUCGCCCCAGAGGUUCUUCAGGUGAGUCUGUUGUGUUGUCACAAUGUUUAACUGCACUGUGCGAUGAUGAACUGACGAUUUGUGUGUAACUUUGUUGUUUUUUCAUGCCUUGUGUUUGUGUACGAGUGUUGUUU